CGUCCUCCAAAUCUUCCAUCUCGCAAUGUCGACCAUCGAGGCCCAACGCGUACAUCGAGACGAACUCGUAUUUGCCAUGUUUACACAUGCCAUUGAGGGCUGCAGACCUGGUGACAAUAAAUGGAUGCUAGUUAAGGAUAUAAUCAGCAUGGGAAAUAGCAUGGGGCUGGGGCCGGCUGUGAUGACUUUCGAUGUCAUGCUAAGAAAUAAUGGCCUCGAAAUCAGCGAUCAAUGCAGGUUGGAAGUGAGAGACGAAUCUCUGUUGCAGACUGAAACGAAAGAUGAUCUCCCGACUGGCUACCCGAGUGGUGAAGUUCUCCUAAAGAUUUAUUGUUUAUUGGCGCAUUUCAAGCCAGAUUUCGCGAAGGCGGCAGAACGAACUGGACGAUCUGCAGAGGGGGUUCGGGAACAAUACGAAAGUAUAAUCGGUCGGCUGGGAAACGACAUCGAUGAAGGGGCAUUGGAGUCGUACGAUGACAACCGUGAAAGAAAUCCCAUGGCAUAAUGUACAGAAUGAUCGUCUUGAGGGAGGCAGAAGGGCCCUCUCUUUGGGUGUAAGAAAAGAAGGAUCCGGGAAUUCAACAACCGCAAGUCUCGCUUCGACAUUACUGUACCUUGGCCGGUACACUGUGGAAUUGCUCAAUUUCGCGCCCACGCCCUGAAGCCCUCAAAAGUCUACUCGUAUUCCUUGCUGGCCCUCUGGAGAAAAUGAGUGGCACAGCAAUCAGGAAAUCUACCGUCGCCCUCGGGAAAAUCCUGUCCAGACUCAGGAAGGAAAUGGUGGAACCUUGUCUUUAAACUCCGACAGGGUAGUUCGUGUUGAAGAUCCCGGUGGCUGAAACGGUGUGACAAGGAUUAGGAGCUUGUGUAUCUAAGAUAGUCAUCCCGCUUCCACAGGAAGAAAAAGGAUAAUCUUUACAACCAGCAAUACUAUCACUUGCUUCAACA